AGCAGCGGAGCGCACGCGUAAUGGGCUCGCUCUGCAUCCGCAAUGACUGCUCGCGAGCGAUCGUCUGACGUCGUCCCAAUGCGCACGUCGCGCAUCCUGCUGCGACCAACGGCGGAUGUCUCGCAUCGAAUGGCGUACUCUGCGUUCUGCCUCAGUCCUGACGGCUAUAAAAGCUCGACGGCUUGAGGGUUGUAGCUCAGUACCAGCUUCAUCCACCACACCAGCCUACCGUCCUACACUUUCCAACUUCUCAGUUCAACAUGCCAGCGAAAGGAUCUCGUGCUACCGGCGGUGGUGCUGGCAACAAGAUGUCCGGUUCGGACGCAUCACGCAUACAGUCCACUCAGGCGAAGUCCGGUGGGGACACGGGCAAGAACGGCUUCGCCGCCCGCGCCCAGAGCGCGGCAGCCAAGAACGGUGCGCCCGCCGGGGCCCCGAAGGCUGCCAAGGGAAGCAAGGCAUAGUCGCACGCAAGGCGGGAUGGCGAGUGCGUACGACGCGCAGCCGGAGGGCUGUCCUUGUUAGAAGGUGCUCCGCUGGUCGUCCGUGUCGAGAGAGGAACAUUGCAAGCGCGUUGUAUAAUACGAAAGUGUAAAUCAUUCUGAAGGACAUGACAUCCCAUAUCUCGCUAUGCCGUUCUUCCCCUGGGACCACGGAAGAUUUUGAAGUAAACGA